AUGGCGAGCAACUACAGCUUCACCGACAAGGCGACUGCCGCUCUCUCAGACUCGCAAGAGAUCGCACAACAACAUGCCCACUCGCAACUGCUGCCAAUCCAUCUGGCGGUUGCGCUGAUCGAUCCUCUUCCAGACCAAUCCAAGGACCAACAGAACAACUCCGCACAUUCUUCUCAUAGUUCAGCACCACUGUUCAAGCAAGUGGUAGAGCGAGCACAUGGAGACCCACAACUGCUGGAGAGGUCCCUCAACCGGGUACUCGUCCGCACACCAUCACAAGAUCCACCGCCCGAGAAUAUCUCUGUCUCGCCUGCGUUCUCCAAGAUUCUGCGGAGCGCCAACGAGCUCUCGAAGACACAAAAGGAUAGCUACAUCGCUGUGGACCACUUGAUCCAGUGCUUGGUCCAAGAUCCCACCAUCCAAAAAUGCCUUGCAGAGGCCAACGUACCGAACCCGAAAACGAUCGAUCAGGCUAUCCAGACCAUCCGAGGCACCAAGCGUGUUGACAGCAAGACCGCAGAUGCUGAGGAAGAGAACGAGAAUUUGAAGAAGUUCACCAUCGACAUGACUGCAAUGGCAAGAGAAGGCAAGAUCGAUCCUGUCAUUGGACGAGAGGAAGAGAUUAGAAGAGUCAUCCGCAUUCUUUCAAGGCGGACGAAGAACAACCCUGUCCUUAUUGGUGAGCCAGGUGUCGGAAAGACAACUGUGGUCGAAGGCUUGGCCCGCCGGAUAGUAGACGCAGACGUUCCCUCUGGGCUUGCUGCUUGCAAGCUUCUCUCGCUGGAUGUCGGUGCGCUUGUCGCUGGUUCGAAGUACCGAGGAGAGUUCGAGGAGCGCAUGAAGGGAGUUCUGAAGGAGAUUGAAGAGAGCAAGGAGAUGAUUGUUCUCUUCGUCGACGAGAUUCACUUGCUCAUGGGCGCCGGAAGCUCCGGCGAGGGUGGUAUGGACGCAGCGAACUUGUUGAAGCCUAUGCUUGCUCGAGGACAGCUGCACUGCAUUGGUGCGACCACGCUGGCCGAGUACCGAAAGUACAUCGAGAAGGACCAGGCUUUCGAGCGUCGCUUCCAACAAGUUUUAGUCAAGGAGCCAUCUAUCUCCGAAACUAUUUCCAUUCUGCGUGGACUGAAGGAGAAAUAUGAGGUUCACCAUGGUGUCACAAUCCUCGACAGUGCCAUUGUGUCUGCUGCCACUCUUGCCGCGCGUUACCUCACCCAGCGACGAUUGCCUGACUCUGCUGUUGACUUGGUCGACGAAGCAGCUGCAGCAGUCCGUGUGGCCCGUGAGUCGCAACCCGAAGUUCUGGACAGCAUGGACCGUAAACUCCGACAACUCGAGAUUGAGAUUCAUGCUCUCGACCGCGAGAAGGACGAGGCUUCUCAGGCUCGUUUGAGAGAAGCUCGAGCAGAGAAGGCGAACAUUGAAGAGGAGCUCAAGCCGUUGAGAGAGAAGUACGAGCGCGAAAAGGAGCGAUCGAAGGAGAUUCAAGAGCAGAAGAUCAAGCUUGACCAAUUGCGAAACAAGCAGCACGAAGCCGAGCGUACCAGAGAUCUGCAGACUGCUUCCGACCUCAAAUACUACGCCAUUCCAGAUGUCGAGGCUCGGAUCGCUGAGCUCGAGCAAGCCAAAGCUCAAGCCGAGAGGGACGAAGCUGAACGCAACGCGGCAUAUGGCGAGCAGUCGCUUGUGGCUGAUGCCGUCGGACCUGACCAGAUCAACGAAAUCGUCGCUCGCUGGACCGGUAUUCCCGUCACUCGACUCAAGACGACUGAGAAGGAGAAGUUGCUGCAGAUGGAGAAGGUUCUUGGCCAGCAGGUCGUUGGUCAGAAGGAGGCUGUCACAUCUGUCGCCAACGCAAUUCGACUGCAGCGGUCUGGUCUCGCCAACCCUGGCCAGCCGCCAUCCUUCCUCUUCUGUGGUCCUUCGGGUACUGGAAAGACGCUGCUUACCAAGGCGCUUGCCGAAUUCCUCUUCGACGACCCGAAGGCGAUGAUCCGUUUCGACAUGUCAGAAUACCAGGAGCGACACUCACUGUCUCGUAUGAUCGGCGCACCACCUGGCUACGUCGGUCACGAUGCCGGUGGACAGCUCACCGAAUCUCUCCGUCGGCGACCAUUCAGCAUUCUCCUCUUCGACGAGGUGGAGAAGGCUGCCAAGGAGGUUCUUACUGUCCUGCUGCAACUCAUGGACGAUGGCCGCAUUACUGACGGUCAAGGACGCAUCGUCGACGCCAAGAACUGUAUUGUGGUCAUGACAUCGAACUUGGGUGCUGAGUACCUUGCCCGGCCUAAUGCUCCGGACGGUAAGAUCGACCCAACGACGAAGGAGAUGGUCAUGACUGCGCUGAGGAACUACUUCCUGCCGGAGUUCCUCAAUCGUAUCUCCAGCAUCGUCAUCUUCAACCGUCUUACGAAGAAGGAGAUCCGCAAGAUUGUCGAUGUUAGACUGGAGGAGAUUCAGAAGCGUCUAUCCAGCAAUGGACGCAACGUCAAGAUCGAACUUAGCGACGAAGUCAAAGACUACCUUGGCUCAGCGGGAUACUCGCCGGCCUAUGGUGCUCGUCCUCUGGCUCGUCUCAUCGAGAAGGAGGUCCUCAAUCGCAUGGCUGUGCUCAUCCUCCGCGGCUCUAUCAGAGACGGAGAGACUGCACGCGUUGUACUUGAGGAUGGCCACAUUGUCGUCUUGCCAAAUCAUGGCGAGAGCGAUCUCGAUGAUGAGGAAGACGAGGAAAUGUGGGAUGAGGAAGAUGCCGUUGAAGAGCUCAAUGGCGAAGGAGGAGAUAUGGACCUGUAUGAUGAGUAA